AUGACUGUUACAUAUAAUGCUGAAGUUGCCACUGUUCAAGGGUUUGGCUGUUUCUUGAAAUUAUUGAUAAGGUGGAGAGGAAGUAUUUACAAGCUAGUAUGGAUAGAUCUGAUAAUGUUUUUAUUUAUUUAUUAUGGAUUGAACAUAACUUAUCGUUAUCUGUUGGAUGCCCAAGACAAAAGGACAUUUGAAGCAAUAGUAAGAUACUGUGACGAUUAUUCCAAUUUAAUACCUUUAUCAUUUGUGCUAGGUUUUUAUGUAUCAGUUAUAAUGACAAGAUGGUGGAACCAGUACCUAAAUAUUCCGCAUCCCGAUCCAGUGGCUGUUUUUGUGAGUGCCACUGUACAUGGACAUGAUGAAAGAGGAAGAGUAAUGAGACGGACCAUCAUGAGAUAUGUAUGUUUAUGUGUUACAAUGGUUUUCACAAUGAUAUCUCCCAGAGUUAAGAAACGUUUCCCAACACUGGAUCAUUUUGUUGAUGCCGGAUUGCUGCAAGCAAGUGAAAAAGAAAUUAUGGAAGAUUUGAAUAAUAAAUUUCCAAAAUAUUCCAAACAUUGGUUACCUCUUGUUUGGGCAUCCAGUAUAGUAACAAGGGCAAGAAAAGAAGGAAGGAUAAGAGAUGAUUUCGCUGUUAAAACGAUAAUAGACGAAUUGAAUAAAUUCCGCGGCAAGUGUGGAGUCCUUUUAACUUAUGACCACAUUAACAUUCCAUUAGUAUACACGCAGGUUGUGACGUUGGCUGUCUACAGCUAUUUUCUGACUAACGUAAUGGCGCAUCAAUGGACAGACGGGAAUAAAUACAAAUUCGAUUUGUACUUUCCCAUUUUCACCACUUUACAAUUCUUCUUUUACAUUGGGUGGUUGAAAGUUGCUGAAUCAAUGAUAAACCCAUUCGGCGACGACGAUGACGAUUUUGAGGUGAACUGGAUGGUCGACAGAAAUUUACAGGUAUCCUACAUGAUAGUCGACGAGAUGCACCACGACCAUCCAGAGCUGGUGCGCGACCAGUACUGGGACGAAAAGUUCCCCCAAGAGCUGCCCUCCACGCAGGCGUCGAGGGCCAUCAGGGACUCGUACCCUUUGCCCUCGACGGCGAACAUCGCCAGCAGGCCGCAGGACCAGGAGCUGAUGACGCCUUCCCUGCCGAAGAUGGACGACAUGCAGUCCUAUUCCGGGUUGGACGGCGGUCCCAUCACCUUCUCCGCCAAACCUCGGCCGUACUCGUUCCGGUCGAGAGGAUCUCAGAAUUCUUUAGGAACAUCUGUCCCAGAUGCUAUCUCCAGGCAUAACUCAGUUACUAACAUGUUGAGGCGAUUUUUCAGUCGAGAUGAAAGUAAGCCAGAAGAGAAAUUGGAAGCCAAUGAAAUGAAUAACUUGAUGGGAGAUUCGAUCAAUAAGACUGUUGGUAGCAACAAGAAGAUAACUGAUCAAGUCAUCGAAGAGGUUGACGAACAAACCACUAUAACAUCGCAACGAUCUGCCAAGGAACCACGCCCUAGCGUCAUAGACUUUUUUGGUCCACCUUCGCCCACUACCCCCAUAGAUGUCCCGAAUGCUGGAAGUCAUAGUUAUGAAACAAGGGGAGUAGAUAUUUACGAUCCUUUUCCACGGAUUUCUACCUCUGCGCCUGGUACCUCGACGGAUGAAAAAUGUCAGGACAAUGUCAGCAUAGGUGGUUCCAUGACUGACGAGGAGGAUGACGAGUUCUCCAGGCUGAAGAAGGUUCGAGAGGAAGAACGGCUGAGUCGGUUGAAAUCGAAUUUAUCAAGGUCAUUGAGCAUACGACCCGAGGAGCAGGAAUUAUUGUUAGGAAGAUGUACAGAUAAAACCGUCGCACCACAAUCGCCUACUACACCCCAUUUAUAA